AUGUUGUUUACAUUUCUGUUGUUAUUUACAGUAGUCGCUCAUUCUCGCGCUAGAGAAUCUGUAGUGUCGGAGCCUCGCUAUAUGAAGGAGAUGACCAAUGCUAUUAUUCGGGUAUUCAUCUUCCAUGUGAUCUGCUGGCUGCCCUCCUGCCUAAUUCAAUUUCUUCCUGAUAUGAGCCUUGUCUCGGAGUUGCUCACCACUGUGCGAUUUUUCAAGAAUUUCACGGAUUUUAGAACCCUACGAUGGGCAAUAUUUUUUGCAAAUUGGCUAACAUAUGCAAACGCCGCUGGAAAUUGGAUAUUCUAUGCAGCAAUGAAUAGGGAACUGCGAAGUCUUAUAAGGUUUGCAACGGAAAGGCGAAAACGAUCAACGAUGUCACAUACCGCCUCACCAUCCAAUAUGCACAAGAAUCUUCGGCAACAGGUAAUUUAGAG